CAAAAUCCUCUCACUCACUCCUAAAUUUGGGACUCUUCUGUUACCUCUCAUAUCUUGGUCGUGUGGAUGGACAAGGUGAUACACAUCCAUAUCAAGAUAAAAGAGCCUUUAUUCUGUAUACUCAAUAUACAUAUUUAGCUAGAUCUGCCCUAUGGAGCAAUGUUGAGAUUCCAAGAAGUAGUUAAGCAUGGUAGUCCUCUUGCAACUAUUUCUACGUGCUCAAAGACAUUGAUUGCAGGAAGAUACGAUAUUCAUCAGAAACUUGGACGUGGAAGCUUUGGAACUGUUUACUUGGUUACUGACAAAAAAGCUAAAAGAGAAGAAGAACAAUUGAAAGUUUUGAAAGAGAUCUCUGUGGGGGACCUCAAGCCCAAUGAAACAGUUGAAGCAAAUGUAGAAGCACAGCUGUUGUCCAAGCUAGAUCAUCCAGCCAUCGUCAAGUUUUAUACCAGCUUUGUAGAAGGGGAGAGUUUUUGCAUCAUCACUGAAUACUGCGAGGGUCGAGACCUCGACUUUAAAAUUCAAGAAUAUAAAGGAGCUGGCAAGGUAUUUCCUGAAAGCCAAAUAGUAGAAUGGUUUAUACAGUUGUUACUUGGAGUCAACUACAUGCAUGAAAGGCGAAUUCUUCAUAGAGAUUUGAAAGCUAAGAAUAUUUUUUUGAAAAAUAACCUGGUUAAAAUUGGGGACUUUGGAGUUUCUCGUCUCUUGAUGGGAUCCUGUGAUUUAGCAACUACUUUUACUGGGACCCCCUUCUACAUGAGCCCGGAGGCAUUGCAACACCAGGGUUACGACACAAAAUCAGACAUUUGGUCUCUUGGAUGCAUUUUGUAUGAGCUGUGCUGUUUGGAUCAUGCAUUCACUGGUCACAAUUUUUUGUCCAUUGUUCUAAAAAUUGUGGAGGGUGAAACCCCUUCUCUUCCAGACACCUAUCCAAGAGAACUUGAUGCAAUGCUGCACAGCAUGCUGAGCAAGGACCCUUCACGGAGGCCAUCAGCUGCAGAAAUGUUACGUAUUUCCUACAUUGAUGAUCAAUUACAGAUUAUGAAGUAUAAAUUCACAAAUAUGACUAGGAAAGACUGUGUGCCUAAUUCUCAGGAAGAAGCCACUCAUAUCAUGAAUGCUGUGCAGAAAAAAGUACAUCUACAAACUCUGAGAGCCCUGUCUGAAGUGCAGAAAAUGACACCACGUGAGCGAAUGAGGCUGCGGAAAUUAAAUAUUGCUGAUGAGACAGCACAGAAGCUGAAACAGUUGGCCGAAGAAAAAUAUCGCGAAAAUCUCAAAAGAAUGCAAGAACUGAGAUCCCGUAACUUUCACGAACUGAAGAUAGAUGUGCUUCAUGAAUCCAAUCAACAGACUGCAGAGCAUCUGAUUAAGUCUCAACCAGUCACUACAUUGGACUAUCUAUCCAUAGGAUGCAAUGAUCAAAGUGACAGUGAUAUAGCAGGGAGACUAUGUAUGUCAGAUCCAGUGGAGCAUGAGAUCCCAGAAGAUCCACUCAUUGCAGAAGAGUAUUAUAACGAUGUGUUUGAUUCAUGCUCAGAAACAAGUGAGGAGGGGGAGGAAGAGGAGGAGGAAAUGACAGAAGUUGAAGAACUGAACACAUCACAAACUGUGUGUAAAACAAAUCAGCAGGACAGUGAUGUUGAAGCAAUGGCCAUGUUUAUGGAGAACAUCUUAAAUACCAGCUCUUUAGGUACUGGAAGUGUCACCAGAGCGACUCCACUGGGACCCGAGGGAUUGAGAGCUCUCAACAGCACCAUGGCGACAACCAAACUGAGACGCAUGAGGGAAUCAGCCAUUCAGAAACUGGGAACAGAAGUUUUUGAAAAGGUUUACGAAUUCCUCCAGCGAGCAAGACGGACAAAUGCAAAUGAAGAUGAAAUCAAAGAACACCUGGAAAAAAUGGUGCCUCGGGCAAGUGACUGUUUCGAAGUAGAUCAGCUCCUGUAUUUUGAAGACCAGCUACGGGCUUCAGAAGAUGCUGCAGGGUGUCAUAUAUCUCAGAGUUAAUUUCCUUGGAUUACCUCAAAUGAGUGAGCAAGGUACUCUUUAGUUGCAAGCGACUGAGCAUCAUGUCAUAUGGUUAGAGGAAUGAGUAGCAUGGAAAUACUGACGGGCAGGAUAGAUGCAAUUCUGGUAUAUGAGAUUAAGAGUGCUGUUUUCCAUCUCCAAGUGAAAGUCAAUGGGAGCUUUUUGACCGAUUCCUACAGAAGCAGUAUUGACAGAUCUUAAUGAUCAUUUCCUUAAAAAUUGAUGGAUUGUGGUUGUCUAACAUACAUACAGAGCAUCAUCAGACUGGGGGAAAAUUGUGUUUCCUUACCGUUGCUUUGCCCCCACUUCUGUCCUACAAUACUUCCUCUUUCUUCAUACAGGAGAAGAAAGAGGAAGUAAACAAUGACCAUGUGGCCCAUUCAGUGGCCAUUUUUAUCAUGCUGCUUUUCCUGCACACAGCAGGAAAUGGCAGCACAUUUUGUUCUAAAAACAAAAAUUGGAUUUAGUGAGGUGUAUUUUGUGAUGGAAAGCAAGCAAGAAGGAGCAGGAGACGCAUGGGAGGUGGACAUCGUCAUCAAAAGGACCCGUGAACAUCCAUAAGUGGGCAGUAAUGAAUGUGCGAAAAAACACUCACCUGAUGACACUCAUAGUUGCUUGACUACUCUGUUAGGAGAAAUUGUGUUCA